GCCGCCCGGCCCCGGCGGCCGCGGCUCCGGCAGGGCCCGGCGGGAGCGGGCCCGCGGUCCGGCGGCGCCCAUUGUGUGGCGCCCCGCCCGCGGCCCCGGCGGCCGGCGGCCCGCCCGGCGCAUGUGGCGCGGUGGGGGUGGCCAUGUUGGUUCCCGCCGCCGCGGCCGGCCGGGCGGCGAGGGGCGGCUCCGCCGGCGGCGGGGAAGGGCCGCGUUCCCGGCACGCCGGGCCCGCAGGCCCGCGGGGAGGGAGCGCGGGGUCGGUAAGGCACGGGUACGCUGCUGGGGCAGCCGCGACAGCAGCCCGGCUGGUGAGACUCGGCAAUCGAGUCUUUGCCCGGUUGUGGCAUCUUUUAUUCGAGAGUUUGGCUUUUUUAAUUUUUUCAGACCUUUCAUGAUAAUGCAGUAUUUCUUUUUGUUUUUUCCAGGUGAUAAGUUAUGUUCAUGGUUUUAUGCUCGGUCUUACAAACGUAGCCCCAGCCUGCACUUCCAUAAUGAGCUGGAGCAGCUGGAAGUGAUCCAAGAAACCACUCCCAACCCCCAACCUGCAGAAGAGGAGAAAACCGAACCAGCACCUAGUCAGGAGGUUGCCAGCCCUGAACAGUAUAUUAAACAUCCACUACAAAACAGAUGGGCACUCUGGUUUUUUAAAAAUGACAAGAGCAAAACUUGGCAAGCAAAUCUUCGUCUUAUCUCAAAGUUCGAUACUGUUGAGGAUUUUUGGGCUUUAUACAACCAUAUCCAGCUCUCUAGUAAUUUAAUGCCUGGUUGUGACUACUCGCUCUUUAAGGAUGGGAUUGAGCCCAUGUGGGAAGAUGAAAAGAACAAGCGAGGAGGCCGAUGGCUAAUUACACUAAACAAGCAGCAGAGACGAAGUGACCUUGAUCGCUUCUGGCUAGAGACACUGCUGUGCCUUAUUGGGGAGUCAUUCGAUGACUACAGUGAUGAUGUGUGUGGUGCUGUUGUUAAUGUUAGAACUAAGGGUGAUAAAAUAGCAAUAUGGACAACUGAAUGUGAAAACAGGGAUGCUGUUACGCAUAUAGGGAGAGUAUACAAGGAAAGAUUAGGACUUCCUCCAAAGAUAGUGAUUGGUUAUCAGUCCCAUGCAGACACAGCUACUAAGAGCGGCUCCACCACUAAAAAUAGGUUUGUUGUUUAAGACGACACCUUCUGAGUAUUCUUUCAUAGGAGACUGCGUCAAGCAAUCGAGAUUGGGAGCUGAACCAAAGCCUCUUCAAAAGCAGAGUGGACUACAUUUAAAUUUGAUUUCCAUCUAAAUGUUGCUAAGAUUUGUGAGAAGUCUCAUUCGCCUUUGUCUUGUACUUCUAUGUUCAAUUUUUCUAUUUUGGCCGAAGUAACCGUUACCAAUCAGAAUUUUAGUACACUUCACCCCCCAGAUCCGUAAGUGUGUUUCUGGCCCACUCUGUAAUAGCUUGGUAGAAACAUUACUAUUGCAAAAAAAUAAUUUGUUUAUCCACAGUAUUCAGAAGAGAAGUUGCAUUUCUGUACCUGCAGGAAAUUACUCUGUUUUACAUUUGCAUUGUAUGCAGUAAGAUUUUGCUGGUUUGGAAAAGAGUAUGGUGCAUACAGUUUUCUAGCAAUUUUUUUAUACAGCAUCAUCUUUGCUGUAACCUCUGCUGAUGGCUGCUAGAUUAAUUUAUUUGUUUUCCCUAUUUGAUAACAUUAGUGAUAUUUUGAUUUCAGUUGUUUUUGCUCAUGUAACAUUGGUGAAGAAUCUGGGAGUAUGACAAAGGUGGAAUAAACAUAAAUUUUGUGCAUUCUUUGGUAAUUUUUUGGUUUUUUUGUAACAUCAGAGCUUUGCUACAGAUUUAUGCAUUUCAGUCAAAUCAGUGAUCUUUUUGUGUGAUUUCCUGAACGUAAAUGUGGAUUUUUUUUUAAUGUAACACCAUAAUUUACAUUCCUUACUAGAAAUAGUAUGUCUGUUUUUGUAUCUUAUGCUGUAUUUUAACACUUUGUAUUACUUAGGUUAUUUUGCUUUGGUUAAAAUGGCUCAAGUAGAAAAGCGGUCCCAUUCAUACUAAGACAGUGUACAAAACUGUAAAUAAAAUGUGUACAGUCAAUUGUCUUUUAGACAACUAGAUUUGUCCUUUUAUUUCUCCAACUAUACGGCAAGUAUUUGUACCUCUCGUGACAAGGCAGUCUCUACUGUGGCUUCUAUUGUAGUGUCUUCCAAGAAAGAUAAAGUCUGGAGCUAUAGUCUGUUGAAGCUUUUAAUAAACCUAUUAGAUAGCACCCUAAAUCAAAGUGGAAUUAUAUCCAUGUGGCUGAUGUUCUUUCUUAGUGGUUGGUCUAAUUGAUCAUGGUUUGUGUUGUUUCUUUUUUGACUUCUCUUUUAUGCCCAACCAAGAAUUUUAAGGGUACACAGAAAGCUGUUUAGUUUCAGGUAGGAGCUACAGUAAAAGUGCUUCAGUGAGUGAUUCUGCUCUAAGGAUAUAAUGCAUCAAGUACAAGUAGAGCAUCCCAGAGACAUGGCUACAAGUAAAAGUAUGAGUAUCUAGAUAGCUUGCUAUUACAUGUGUCUGAGUAGUUGAAGCUUUGUUUCAUUGUUUGAAAGUUACUCCAGAGAGCUGAUAGUUUACUUGGAAGUUCACAGGAUGGUGGAGAUUUUGAGGGUCGAGUUCACUCAUUUUGAGCGUAAGAUGAGAGGCUUGUUCUUUCCACCUCUUAGAGCAGAGCAUGCAGCAAAAUCAGUGCUUUAUUGCUGAUUUCUUGCUGAUUUUUUAAGUGUGUGAUAUACUUAAAGAUCUUGCCAGGGCUGUGGAGCCUUUCUUCAGCAAGUGUCAAGGCAGGUGCUUGUUGGGGCUUUGAUCUUUGAUAAGUGAUUAAAGCGAGUUUAGUCACUGGCAGUGAAGUGUCAGUUGCAUCUGUCUGAUGAAGGCACUGAAGUGUCUGUGUGCUGAAAUAGACUUGAACACUUUUCUUGCACAUUUGUUCAGAAAUGUGUCAUAAGGAGCAUAUCAGACUAUGCCAAAAAUGUCUGGAUGAUUAUUACAGUUGUUUAAUAGAAACACUUAGAACAGACAUCUCUAUUUAAAAGAUGCUAUUCCUUCAGUAUUGGUCAUCAACCAGGAUAUCUAUGAAUGUGGAGAGAGCUGUCUGGGCUGUUUGUGUGCUGGUUUCUGUGAAUUCUUGUGUAACUGGUUGCCUGUCCUGAUUCAGCAGGUGUGAGGGCAAGUCAGGUUUGUUUAAUAGGUCCAUUGAUAGUAGAAUAUAGCAGUCCAUGCCUGUUUCCCAGCUUGAGCUAAUCAUCUGUAAUGCUUGCAUGCAUGGGAAUGUGAAGAUGAAUCAGCCUCUCCCGAGUGGUGACUGUGUGUGUGUAAUUUGGGAGCGUGGCAGCCAGGCUCCCUCAAAGGAGUGUCACUGGAAAUGGUGGUAGUGCUGUCCUUUUGUAAAGAGCAUUGAGAUUAACCUGAGUGCUGAUGUGAGACCUACAUAGUACUGGGUUUGUUCAUUGCACUACAGGACUGACCAGAGUAUUAUUUAGGGUAGCAGCAUUUUGUUCAUCUAGAAAAGCAGUUGAUAGGGUUUUUUUGGUAUGGCCUCAGGUUUUUGAGCCUGAACCUAUUGAAGCAGCCAGCUGCCUUGCACUGUAGUAUGAAAACUGCAGGCAGGUUGAUUUAAGGCUCUUUGCUGCUCACAUAACAAUUGCAGUAUUUUUAGAAGACUUGAGAGGAAAUUAGCUGGCAUGGUUGCUUUAUCAAACAUACAGCCUAUGCCCUUAAUUCAUUUUUAGAGGAAGCCAAUGACCACGAAACUUGUUUUCUCCAGCUUGCAAAUCACUUUGUGCUGCAUACUAAUGUUGUUCUGAUUAUAGUGGUGUAGUUUGUAUUUGUGUGCUGAGGGAGAAAGCUGAGAGCUCUCCGUUCUGCAUAUUACUGUAACAGCCACAGGUUCAGGAAAGGACAAAGUAAAUGUAGAAGUAUCUUAUUGCUGCAGAAUAUUCAGUGUCGUUGAACUCCCAGCUAAAGGGGAGGCUGUUGGCAAUGUGUGGCUUUAGUAAGCCUGGGAAGACUACAGAGUAAAUGCAUGAAGCAUCUUUUCAGAAGUGGGGUUAUGUGGUACAAGACCAGAGCAAGGAAAGGCAGCAGAAAUUGCUGUGCUAGAAGAGGUAAGAAUGUGCCAAAACACAGCCUGUGAAGAGGGGGAACUGAUGAGGAAUGUGUGUGAAUUGUCAGCUUCUGGGUAUAACGUUAAAGUCUUGGACUGUGCAAUGCUUUUCAUUGUCACUUCUGUUUGUCCUGCUGCACUGUCACUGUCUUGUCUAUCAAGUUGUCUCUAGCUCAGGAAACUUAACUCCAAUGCUACCCAAAUUCUGGAAACUUGGAAGUAGUGGCUUUUAGCCAAGCUUGGAGUGAGCUCAAAGCUUCCAUCCUACCUAGUGGAAUCCUUUCUUACUAAAUUGCUUGGAGAAAGUAUUCUGGCCUCCAUUCUGGGACUUUCACUAAAUGCAAAAAAAAAAACCCAAACAAACAAAACUAAAACUUUGCAUUUUAGUCUCUGGAAGUGUCAUGGAUCUUCCCUUUGAUAUGUGACCUCGCAUGUUUCCAACAAGCUUAAUUUUUGAGUCGUGGCCUGAUGGUUUUAAAACUAGUUUUUAAGAACAUGCUCUACUCAAGUACUCUACCAGACAGUUAAGCUUGAUAGUUAAAACCAUAGAGCUUUCAGGCUGCCUGGUACUUAACUUUUAGAUGACUUUGCCCUCUUAAAAACAGUCAGUGGUUUCUGCAAAUUUUUUUUGUGUGGAAAAAGAAAGGGUUUUACUUAGGUCUUAAAAUAACUUUUUUUAAAUGUAGAAUUUGUGCCUUUUCCCAUUGGGCAAGAAAUAGACAAAUGGAAAUGACAUGACCAGGAAGGAGAUAGGUAUACCUAUUUCAUUGUGAGGCAUUUCAUACCUGUCCAUCUAAUUUCUUUGGAGGGUGGAAGUGCAGAGUGCAUUGGCAAGCAGUGUGGAACCAGGCCUGUGGAAGGCACCUGCUGCACCUCUCCAUCAUCGCUGCUGAGCUCCAGGAGCUGUUCAGUCCCAAAGGCUUGCCAUUUUUGAUCUUGUGGGACACCCAUUCACUGCAGCUGCUUGAACAGAUUUUCUGUCUUGUAGGUCUUAAAAAGUUUUGUAUUCUGCCAGAAUUUGUGUUCAGGUGUCUGGCUCUGGCACUGCAGCAAAGCCUUUAAUAAGCACUUAAAUUCCUUCCCCUGUGAUAAAAAACACAGUCACUCUUCCUCUUGCCUAGUGGCUGUCUGGCACUUUCCCAAAAGACUAUGGGAUUCCCUCCUAGCCUUUCUGUUCUGAAAUAAAGCAGGUUCUGAUGUCCAGAGCUAAAUGUGAAUUAUGGCUGUGCACAUGAUGGUUGUUAUGCUUCCCAGCGUUAACUUGUUAUUUUGUGUGAUGCCUUAAAUGUAAAAACAUCCUAGCUGAAGUCUGCCUGUUGGUAUCAGUUUGCCUGCUAACCAAACAACUCAGAUUUUUUUUUUUUAUUCCCUGCUAGUACUGAGUGUGUGACAAGCUUAGCUGUGAAUUUGUGGGGUUUAUGACUGCGUGGGGUUUAUGACUGCCUAUGCUUUUCUUGUCUCCAUUUUUCUAAAUCCUGAUGCUUUUCAAGCCUUACUAAAACAUGUUUAAUAAAGGGAAAAAUUACACUGAGUCUAGUCACUGCUUUUUUAGUCACUGUGAUACCAUGGAGAAUUCCAGGUGUUGCUAAACCCAGAUAAAGACCGUGUGUGACUUUGGCAUAAUAAUCUGCUUAUGGGGUUUCAUUUUUUUAUCUCUAGCCAUGUAAGUAUGAUAAUAGUGAAAAUGAUACUUGAAAGUGUGUGUGAAUAUAUCGUAUAUAAAGCAAAAAUUACUCAUCUAUUUUUUCAAGGUAGAAAACUGUUUUGUUAUUUCUAAAAGGUUUCUUUGACUUUCUGUAAUGAAUUACUGGAUUUUGCUUACAAUAGGUAGUUUAGAUCAAUCUUUUUUCCUAUGUUGUGCCUAUUAUUGUUAUCAAAGAGUUGGAGCCAACCUCAUAGUUCAGGUUUGGCAUUCUUUGAAGUAAAGCUAGUUUUUGAGCCUUAUCUUCCUCCACAUGUACAGGGUAGUUUAUCCUAGUGCAUCUCGCCCUGAGCCGUACAGAUACGUAGAAAAUAUAAUGGGAAAUUGGAAGGUACUACUUUAUUUCUGUAGUUUGAAUGAAAAUAAAGUUUCUGAGGAACUAA